CAUAUUCGGCUAUGCUUGUUAAGCAAUCUAAUAUUUUAUAGAAGUCUAUGCCUAUAUAUUAUAACUCGUGGUUCCAAAACCCAUUCAAGCCACGCAUCUUUGCCGUUCCCACGUUCCCAGUUGUCCCAGCGACGAUUGUAGAACGGACUACGUUGGAAUACAUUUUGACACGUUGCAUUUUGUUGCAUUUAUACCGGGUAAAAACAUCGGGAGGAAACAGAUUAAGAUAUAAUUUUAUCUUAUAAAGUAUAUUAUAUAAUAAAUCAUUAUUUCAACUUAAUCUUUACUGUGAUUUCCAAAGUUGUACAUCUUGUUAAAUAAUUGCAUCAAUCAAUAUGUCAUCGCUAGAAGAUAUCUAUACAUCAGAAAAGAAUGGCAGUGAUGAGACAGGAGAUGGUUCAGAGAGCAACCCAUUUAAAACUAUUCUGAGAGCGAUGCGUCAUGCCAAUAAGGAACCCUUUCCUAUCAUCUAUCAAGACUCUCGUGAAAAUGAUAAAAAAUAUGAACCUGCAUCUAAAUCUCAGUUAAAAAAGAUACAAAAGAUCUGGGUUAGAGAAAAAUACAAAAAUGAGGAAAAGGAAAAGAAACUGGUUGAGGAUGAAGAAAAAAGAUUGAAAAAUCUUGAAGAGGCUAAGACAAUUGUUAUUGAAGAAGACAAAUUUCUACCAGGAGCAAAGGAGAUUAAGAUAAAACAAGCUUUCAAUUAUAGAGAUCAAAGAAUAAAAUUGUAUGGAUGGGUGCAUAGGCUAAGACGACAAGGCAAAUCCCUUAUGUUCAUUACAUUGCGAGAUGGAACAGGUUUUCUGCAGUGUGUAUUGACCGAUAAACUUUGUCAAACAUAUGAUGCCUUAACUCUUGCUACAGAAGCUGCUGUUCAAUUGUUUGGCACUUUGAAAGUUGUCCCUAAAGGAAAAAGUGCACCUGGAGGACAUGAAUUGUGUGUUGAUUAUUGGAAACUUAUUGGGUCAUCACCUCCUGGUGGCGCUGAUUCCAUUUUGAACGAAGAAGCUCUUCCUGAUGUACAAUUGGACAACAGGCAUAUAAUGAUUCGAGGUGAAAAUACAUCAAGAAUUUUAAUUAUGAGAUCUAUAUUAACGCAAGCCUUCAGAGAUCAUUAUAAAGAUCGUGGUUAUUGCGAGGUAAAUCCACCAACUUUAGUGCAAACUCAAGUGGAAGGUGGUUCAACUCUCUUCAAAUUAAAUUAUUUCGGAGAAGAAGCUUUUCUAACUCAGAGUUCUCAGUUGUAUCUUGAGACGUGCCUUCCAGCAAUGGGAGAUGUGUAUUGCAUUGCCCAAUCAUAUCGGGCAGAGCAAUCAAGAACACGUCGCCACCUUGCCGAAUACACGCACAUUGAGGCAGAAUGUGCAUUUAUUACAUUUGAUGACUUACUUGAUCGGCUAGAGGAUUUAAUUUGCGACGUAGUUGAGCGAGUUCUACAAUCGCCACUUGGGCAUCUUGUCAAAGAAUUGAAUCCCAACUUUCAAAUGCCCAAGAGGCCCUUCAAGCGAAUGAACUAUAGCGAUGCGAUUGAAUAUCUGAGAGAAAACAAUAUCACAAAAGAAGACGGUAGUUUUUAUGAAUUUGGAGAAGAUAUCCCAGAAAUGCCAGAAAGGAAAAUGACUGAUGCUAUCAACGAGCCGAUAAUGCUUUGUCGGUUUCCCGUUGAAAUUAAAUCGUUUUACAUGCAACGAUGUCCGGAGGAUGAACGUUUAACCGAGUCCGUCGAUAUACUUUUGCCAAACGUGGGCGAAAUCGUCGGCGGUUCGAUGCGUAUCUGGGAUUACGAAGAGAUGUUGAAGGGUUACAAACGCGAAAACAUCGAUCCAACUCCGUACUACUGGUACACAGACCAGCGAAAAUACGGAUCUUGUCCUCAUGGUGGUUACGGAUUGGGAUUGGAACGAUUUUUAUGCUGGCUGUUAAACAGAUAUCAUAUACGCGAGGUAUGUUUGUAUCCACGUUUUCUGGAGCGUUGUCGACCAUAAAAGAUUCCAUUGUAUGUAAGCUUUAUGUUACAUUAGUAGAGACAUGUUCUGCUUUACUCUUAUGAUAAACUAUGGCAUUGCAUUAUAUUCAGAGCGAUGUAAUAUAUUAAUUACUACAAAAAAAUUAUAGAAAACCAUUAAAUAAAUAUGAUCAGACGUGUUCUGAGUAUUCUCCAUUA